AUGGAACGAUAUACAGUGAGCCGCAACCGGCGAGCGGUGACCGACGUCGAUGAACGAAGACCAGAGAGUGCGUCACGGCUCGACCACGGUCGAGAUUCCCUCGCACCCGUCGGCACUUUACGCCCGCAAUUUUCUCACGAAACGACGCAACGUCACGUCGGACACGUAAAGAUCUACCGGUUGCGUUUUAGAAAAGUUACAAGAGCAGAUUCACUAACUCCGGAGUCGUGGAAUCCGGGCGGGGGUUUCUGGCGAUCCUCCGUCCGGGCUCGGGACGGUGGCGCACUUACCGGCCUGCAGGCGCAGCUCCUGCAGCUCGAUGAAGCGCGCCGCCUCCAGCAGGGUCUCGAGGCGGCUCAUGUCGGACGGCGGGCCGCGCAGUUCGAGCGCGCCCGGUGUCACGCCGCGACUGGCCACGCGCGCCGCGCGCCGCUCACGUGGCCGUCGAGCCGCCGCCCAAUGGCGUCUCGCCGCCGCCGUCACGUGGCCGUAGUCGCGGACCAAUCGCGGGGCUCCCGGCGCCCCGCGGAGGUUGAGCGAUCGAUGCCGCUGCAGCGAUCGAAUGCACUCGCCGCUGGCGGUCGACGCGGAGCGAUCGUCUACUUAGCGACGCUCUACGCGCGCGCCUUUCACUUGGCCGUAAAUGUCUUUGUUUUCGCGAUCGGAAGGCCCGCAACUAACUGUUCGUCGCUUUUUAGGAUUGUAGAAUUAUUGAAUCGCGGCCAAGAUGCCGUAAAUAUUUCGAGCGGCACGUGCUGUGUUUACAUUAUAACGAUACCGAAAUUACUAGCGAACAGAUCAGCGCUAGGCAUGUUCAUAGAAUAG